AUGAAGUCGGCUGAAGAAGACGCUUUCAGCUACACUCCCAACAUCAGCCUGUCUCUGCCCCUCAGCGCCCCCUGCCUGCCGUCCCAGUACCACAGCCUGCAGUCCGGCCCCGUCAUCUCCGUCACCGAAGCCCAACAGGUGGACGAUCUCAGGGGGUCCGGCUACUACUCCUCCCCACGACCCAACGGCGCCCCGGCCUUAGAGAGCCCCCGCAUCGAGAUCACCGCCUACAGCCAGUUCACGGAAGACGAGGUGGAAGAGAGCGCCUUACCCGUGGCCAAACGCGUCAACUCCAUCGUCACGCUGACUCUCCCCAACGCAGACGGCUACCGGGAUCCCAGUUGCCUCAGUCCGGCUAGCAGCGUCUCGUCUCGCAGCUGCCACUCCGAAGCCUCAUCCUACGAGUCCAGCUUUUCCUACAACUACGACAACUCGCCGCAAAACUCGCCCUGGCAGUCGCCGUCGUUGUCGCCGAAGGGUUCCACGUUAGCUCUUCCUGGCGAGGCGCACUCCCCGUCUGGAUCGCCGCGAGCUAGCAUCACGGAGGACACCUGGAUGGGGCCCAGAUCCAGGUCGAGUUCUCCAUGCGGGGCCAAGAGGAAGUAUAGUUUCAAUGGGAGCGGGACGCCUCAUAAGUAUCCGUAUUCGCCGACGCAUUCGCCAGGUCUCUCCCCACAAGCGUCUCCACGUCUGAGCAUAACGGAUGACACAUGGUUACCGAACACUAACCAGUACACCAACUCGGCCAUUCUGGCGGCUAUAAACGCGCUGACGACCGAUGGGAUGGUGGAUUUGACGGAGGGGAUACCGUUGAAAGCCAGGAAAACCAGUUUGGAGCACAGUACCUCGCUCAGCCUGAAGAUAGAGCCGUUGAGCGACUUGGGUCACACCGAGCUGAGUCCAGAUGACAGGAUGAAGAAGGAAGUGGGAUAUGGAGGCGGGUUCCUGGAUGUACCGCAACACCCGUACUCAUGGACCAAGCAGAAGACAUACAUCAGCCCGUCCCUGCCCGCCCUGGACUGGCAGCUGCCCUCCUCCUCGGGCCCCUACUCUCUGCAGAUGGAGGUCCAGCCCCGGUCCCACCACAGAGCGCACUAUGAGACCGAGGGGAGCCGAGGAGCCGUGAAGGCCCUGAGCGGACACCCUGUGGUGCAGCUCCACGGCUACAUGGAGAGCGAGCCCCUGACCUUGCAGCUGUUCAUCGGCACCGCGGACGACCGUCUGCUGCGGCCGCACGCCUUCUACCAGGUCCACCGCAUCACCGGCAAAACCGUGUCCACGCCGAGUCACGAGGCCCUGCACCACAACACCAAGGUCCUGGAGAUCCCUCUGCUGCCGGAGAACAACAUGAGGGCCAUGUGA